AUGCUAACAUACUUCUUCGUGGACGUAGCCCAUUCAUUAAGGGUGAACCACGUAUAUCUCGUCUUCUUUAUAUUUAUCGCUUGCUCAAAUCUUCACACACAUGCUGAAGGUCCUCACCUUCACCCAUCAUCCACCAUUCCACAUCUCUUUAAGUUGACCUCCCAAAAAGAGUAUCAACAACUUAUUUGCAAUGAUGAGGAGGAAUCUGUUGAGCAUAUGCUCCUUCUCUGUCCUUGGGUAGAGCCGUGGUUGCGAGAUUGUGUUACUGUGGGACUUAACACCAAGGAGGAGAGAAACCGUGUUCUGGAUCAUAUUGCACUCACAUCUUGGACUAUAUGGAAAAUUGGGAAUAGGGCAGUCUUCGACAAUUGGAACCCCCAUCCCCAAAGGGCUCUCAAAUCUAUCUCGGACCAAGUGAACAAAGGGUUAUUACUGAAGCAUAAAAUUACUCAUCCUACUCUGGGGAAUAACCGUCAAACUCCACAAGUUAGGUGGAUUGCUCUUCCCGCUUCUCUUGCCAAAAUCAAUGUUCAUGCUGCUUGGCAUCAGGGCUCUUGCAGUGCGGGGGUUAGCAUUAUAAUUCGCAACUCUGAGGGGAGUUUUAUGGGGGCAAAAUCUGUCUCUUUCCAUGCGGAGACUGUGUUGAAGAUAGUUGCUCUUUUGGAGGGAUGCAAAUUUGCAAGAGAACGAAAUCUCACUAAGCUAACGGGCUGGGCUGCUGUAAAAGGCGGAUUGAGGAGAUUGCCCCUUUUUGUUUAG